AUGCAUUCUAUAUUUUGGACAGGCAGAGUGUUAUCACGUGCUUUAAGAAAUGGCCUUUCAAAUUUAUCAAAUUCAGCUGAAAUAAGUCUUUCUAAGAAGAAACAUCCUUACUUAGUGUCAGUGGUUUGUGGUUUUCCUAAAGACAUUGCUAAUGGAAGGUCUCAUAAAGGACAAUUUGGUGACGACGCUUGGUUCUCCACUAACUUUAACAAUGCGGAUGUUAUUGGUGUUGCAGAUGGUGUGGGUGGGUGGAGGGCUUAUGGCAUUGACCCUGGAGAGUUUUCCUCCUAUCUCAUGAAAACUUGUGAAAGGCUCGUACGAAUGGGCCAUUUCAAGUUGUCAGAGCCAGGAGACCUUCUAGCAAAAUCAUAUUAUGAGUUGCUGGAGCAUAAGAAACCUAUUUUAGGUAGUAGCACAGCUUGCGUAAUGAUUCUAGACCGCAAUGAGAGCAUCAUGAGAGCUGCCAAUAUUGGUGACAGUGGUUACAUGGUGGUUCGAGGGAAUCGAAUAGUCCAUAGGUCACAUGAGCAGCAGCAUUACUUUAACACUCCUUAUCAGCUUAGUCUGCCACCACCAGGACACGACAGAAAUGUGCUAAGUGAUAGGCCAGAGUCAGCCGAUACCGCCGAGUUCAAAGUGGAAUGCGGAGACGUCAUUCUAGUGGCGACAGAUGGUGUGUUCGACAACGUGCCGGAGACCGUGCUGGUCGCGGAAAUGCGUCGAGCGCAAGGAAUGAGCAACGACGCGCCGAAGCUGCAGGCCGUCGCGAAUUCUAUAGCGUGGAUGGCGCGCAAUCUCUCCUUUGAUGGCUGUUAUAUGUCGCCGUUCGCGAAAAGCGCCCGUCAGAACGGCAUUGAUGCAAUAGGUGGAAAACCAGACGACAUAACAGUGCUCCUAGCUAUAGUAGCACUAUGA